UAGAGCCCGAAAAUAUUCGACAACUUGUGUACGAUACAGAAGCAUUCACUGAUUUAAUAGGCGAUCCCCGAAAAAAAGAGGGCCUGAUAAGAAAAUAUAUGUCCUUAAUGUAUAUCGGGAGUGAAAAAGAGUACACGGAGAUCAUUGUCAACACACUAGCAAGAAAAUGUGUUGAGGAUGGUAAAUUCAAGUCGGCAAGAAAUCUUUAUGAAUUGACCGAGAAUUACGAAGAAAUUAUUGCAUUACUCAACAAGAUGCUUGCAGAGUGUAUCUGGAUCUCCAUACGUGGGGGUACUAUCCAACCGGAAACAGCUCAAGAGUUGGAUCCACGGGAAAUAAGACGUAUCUUAAAUGAUUAUGAACAACAUCACUUGACAAUGAGAAUAUCUCAAAAUCGUCUGAAGGACUGUCGUACUCGUCUUAGCUUGAUGGAUUUUGUCGAGAUGUAUAAAAAACAAGAUUUCGCGAGAGCAGUCACCCUGAUCCAGCAAGUCGAACUCUUCCCAUUCGAAGAUGACAUCGAUAUCAUUCAGAAAAAAGCCAGUGACAUUGAAGCCUCGGAUGAUCAAAUGAAGAACUGU